AUGCAAUUUAAUAGUAGUGGUGGUAGUAAUAAUGCUAAAUACACAAGUCAUUUAUUAAGAUUGAUUAUCUUUGGAAUUACCAUAUUACUUGGUAUGGGACAAGAACUUGAAGCAGAUUGUAUUUAUGAUGAUGGAAAUCUAUUUAGUUUUUGUCAACCUCCAAAGACUAAUCAAUAUUAUAGUGUCAAGGAAAUGGCCAACAACGGUCUAAGGAUUCGAUACGAGUUUUGGUCAUCACUAACACCUCUUCCAAACGUCAUCCUAAAUGGAUCAGUUUGCUACAAGACCGAUGGAUCACAUAAAAUAGAUGAGUUUGUUAGAGAUGCUAUCUACUCGACUCAAUACAACCCAAACCUAUUUGUUAAAAGAGAUAUGCCUCGUAUAGUCAUUCAACAAGAUGCAAGACAUUGUAUAGAUUUAUUAUCAAAGCGACUUUGUAGUUCUUUAUUUAAAACAUACCCAAAAGAGAAUACAAUAUGUAAUAUUUGUGAUGAUAUUUACGAGUCUUGUUAUUCAAGUGUUUAUCCAGUUGAAUAUCAAGAUUUACAUAUUCUACCACGUAAUCCAACUGAAUGUUUGAUUGGAACUACUGCUACGACUACAAUACCAUCACCACAAUCACAAUCACCAUCAAUUAUAGAACCUGGUCAAGAUAAUAAUAAUAAUGAUAAUAAUAAUGAUAAUAAUAAUGAUAAUAAUAAUGAUAAUCAAGUUGAUGGAAAUUGUGCACUUUUCGAUAACAGUUUGAUACCCUAUUUAUACACUUACAAUCCAGAUUUUUGGGAAUCUUCUUCACCACCUUCCAUCUUUACACCAUCUUCUAUUGUAUCAGUGGCUACAACUACAGCUUUUACUCUUUUCUCCUUUUUAUUCUUUCAAUCUUGA